AUGGCGACGCGGCUCACGCACCCGGUCGCCGUCGUCGUGGCGGACGGCGCGGGCGUCGCCCAGCUGGCGCACUGCCGCGGGGUUUCAGCGCACGUUGCCACGCAGGCAGUGGCCGAGGCCCUGGGGCUGGCCCGGGAGUCCGCGAACCCGGCGUUUCGGAACAGGCGCGGCGCCCUCGGGUAUGGGAGGCUGCUGUCUGGGGGCGCGUCCGUGCCCGUCGUGCGCGGUUCGCACAGGGCGUACAUAUCUGCCUUGGGCCCCUCCCUGUGGGCGAUAGUCGUCGCUCCCGCGGCGGUGCCCUCGCACUUCUGCUGCCGCGUCAUGUCUGGUGUCACAGCACUCCUCUUCUCCACCGCGCUGCUCGCCAGAUCGAACAAGCCGGUCCGGAUACCCCCCCAGGUAGCGCUGCUCCUGCGCUCGCUGGUGGCGUCGGGCGGCGCACGCCUGCACCUCGACGCGUCGCACCUCCGCGCCGUCGUGACCGAGAAGGACGCCAUGCGCAUCGAGCGCAGCGCGACCCGCGAGCUCCGCGCCCGCAUGGCGCACCUCGCCUCCGUGCACGUCACCAACGGCACCGCGGCCUUCCGCGCAGCCGAGCGCAAAGCCGAGCGCGAGACGCGGGCGCGCGACAGGGCCUCCGCGAAGAAGGGCGGGAACGACGGCGACGACGACGCCCGCGACAGCGACAGCGACGGCGGCAUGCCGGGCUACGAGGCCAUGCCGUCGCGGCCCAGCCAGACCGCACAGAGGGGCGAGUCCGGCCGCGCCGCGGAGGCCCCCCGGCCCGAGGCGUUCCGGCGCCCGCGGCUCCGCGCGGCGCUGGGCGCGUCGAGCGUGUCGUUCGUGGUGCCGCAGGGCGCCCGCGCGGGCGUGGCGGUGUCGAUCGAGCAGCGCGUGGAGAGCGGCAAGUUCGCCGACCGCGUGCGGCCGUCGGUGGACCGCGCCGAGUCGUCGGACGCGUCGCUGUUCGGCGCGUCGUCGUUCCGGGGCGCGCGCGAGGUGUCGCGGAGCGGGAGCGCGGCGUGGCGGACGCUGGAGACGCAGUCGAGCUUCGCCAUGAGUCAGGCGGACGACUACAGCGUGACGGGGUCCACGCCGGGCAUGACGGGCACGCAGCUGUCGUCGGCGAUGUCGAACGACUCGGACAUGUUCGACGCCGUGCUCGGCGCGGACUCGGACGACGAGGACGAGGCGGCGGCGGUGAUCGACAGCAUGUUCGGGGGCGGCGCCGCGGACGCGCUCGGCGACCUGGGCCGUCCGGCGCGGGCGAACGACGCGGCGCAGGCGAGCGCGAGCGCGGCCGCGUACGGCGGCGGGAUCGACGACCUCCUCGGCGGCGACGCGGACGUGGGCGACCUGGGCGCGGCGGUGGACUCGGGGCUGUUCGGCGCGGCGCCGGAGACGGACGCGCAGGUGGGCGUGACGGUCCCCGCGGCGCCCGCGGCGGCGGGGGGCGCGUACGGGGGCCCGCCGGUGUGCUCGGUCGCGCUGGUGGAGGUGUGGCGCGGCGUGUACGACGCGGCGGGGCGGCUGGUGCGCAGCGGGGUGGCCGGGGAGGUGUCGGUGCGGCGGUCGCCCGGGCACGCCGCGGCGGCGGUCAUGCCGCAGAUCGAGCUGCGGGGCAUCGACGACCUGAGCGGCCGCGGGGCGCUCCGCGGCAUGGGCAUGCAUCCGUUCGGGGCCAGCGUGGGUCUGACGGGGCGCUCGGUGUUCUACCUCAACCUGGGCGGGCUCGACGAUGCCCGGAGCAAAGCGCCGCAGCAGCCCGUGGACCUGCUCGCCGGGGACGACGAGGACGCGCAGGGCGCGGGCGAGGGCGCGGACCCGCUGGCGGCGCUGUGGGACGGGGCGGGGGGCGAGCCGUCGCGGGCGUACCACGUGGCGCGCGCGGCGGGGUGCUCGGCGCUGCGUGACUGGGGCGAGGUCCGCGGCGAGAAGGCCGAGGGUGGGGAGUUGGAGGCGCCCGCGGUGGUGGUGGGGUACGACGCGGUGGGGGCGCACCCCGACAUGCCGGGGCCGCCGGUGGUCGCGCGGCUGUCGUGCAGUCCCGUGUCGACGGAGCCCGGGGGCGGCGGGAUCGCGUCGGCGUCGUUCGUCGUCGCGCUGCAGGUGCUGGCGUCCUCGGCGCUGGCCAUGGGGCUGCAGGGGCUGUGCGCGGGGGUGGUGCUGCCGGCGGGGGGCUGCGAGGUGGUGCGCGCGAGCCCGCACGCGACACACAACGUUGGGCGCGGCAGGGUGCAGUGGAAGGUGCCGCUGGUCCGGCCGGGGGAGCUGGCACUGCUGCGCGCCGAGGUGCGCGUGCCGGGGCAGGGGCGGAGCCUCACGGACGUGUGGCAGGUGGUGACGCGGCAGCUGCGCGCGCACCUGGCCUUCAUGCUGCACCCCGCGCAGAGCGUCACGGGCGUGCGACUGUCGCAGCCCAGCGCGGUGGGGAGCGCAGUCGAGGUGGCGGCGCACGGCGCGUCCGUCGGGGAGGUGUUCGUGUCCGCAGCGUGA